AGCCAAGAAUCGACACUGAAAACUGAUUGUCAAACGACGCAACAAAGAAUAUUUAUAAACACGUUUCCAUUGUUGCAAAUUCACAAUAGUUUCAAACGGACACGUUCUAUUCCCGCGCUUUUGGUUUGAAGUCGGCCGCACCCAUUUAUUCAGCCGGUCGAUUUGUUUACAUUUAGCCGGCGAUGCAAAAUUAUGGAACGUCUUGUCAUUUUCUUGAGAUUCUAACGCUAAACCUGAAUUGAAAAUGGUCGUCGAGGAGGAUUUGCCCACGAUGAAGAGCAAAAAGGAAAAGGCCGAGAUGAAAAAGGCGGAGAAGGAAGAGCUGGAAGAGGAAAACGCCCGAAUGCUGGCCGCCGUAGCUUUUGCCGUAGUCCUCAUCGGAAUUGGCCUGCCUUUGUGGUGGAAAACGACGCAGGUCUAUCGCGUUGCUCUGCCUUACAACAAAAUCGACGCCCUUCGUCCUCAGGAGGAAAAAGGGCUGAGCUUGAAAAUUACUGUGUUGACCAUCGAAGAACCUCGCGGAACUCAAUUGUGCGCAGACUUCGAUACGGUUUUUAGAUUAUCAAAACUUUUUCGAGUUAAGUGUGAAAGCAGAGGAUUGAAUUCAGCAGAAAAGGCACGAAUUGGCAACGUUCAAAGACUCCAUGAUCUCGAUAGAGUGGAGCUUAUCCCUGUUGCACUUGGUGAUAUUUUGCUUGUGGAGGUGCCAGGAAUAUCGAGACUCACUCAAAAUCUAGUCGUUCUUGGCUCUAAACGUGCAGCAUUUUUCUCUUCAGAAACAGGUUCCAAAAAACUGAUAAUGGUUUUGAAUGAGUGGCUGCUGAGGGAGGAAACAAUAACCCAGACCUUAAAAGCAAUGAGGGCGCCUACUUUGGCUGGAAAAGGCAAAGAAGCGAGAACUCGAGUCCCUCCGACUGUAGGAAACUUGGACAUUUUGCUCAGUUUGGCUGUGCCUUCUCCAGAGGAAAUCAGAGUAGACUGGGACAUCACAGCUGCAAUUGAAGAUUACUUGCAACCAUUUUUGGAUGAGAUGAGCAGUGUUUCAAAUUUUUCAGUAAAAUCUCAGGUUACUUAUUUUGCAUCUCUGGGAGUGAGAAAAAAAGCCGUCAAUACUAAAGAGCUCGGACCUCAUUAUGCAAUUCAGGAAGAGCUUCUGCCUCAAAUUAUUUCUCCUUUGGAAAAGAAAAUAGGCUCACAUGUUUCCACAUCGGCCUCGUUGUGUCUCGUCUUGUACAUUCCUGGUUGCACUGAAGCGCCUCUACAUUUUUACACAAAGCAGGGCCAGCCUGUGCCCACAAACGCAAUCAUAUCAGCACGGUGGGGUGGCCUGAUUGUCCUCAACCCUCCCAAUUACGCCUGUAAAAGUGAUGAGGUCAUCGACAUGGACGUUCCAACCUUGAAGGUGAUGGGUCUCUUUUUGGCUCAACUAAGGCAACUAUUAGGCAUUCCAGAAUUGGAACCAAUUCACUUUGCUGAAAUGUUACCCCUGAUGGAGGCAGAGCCCAGGCUGUGGGAAAUUGACUCCCUGAUGAGAACCAGAGCCCUGGAACAAGUGACCUCAGCCACACUUACUUUGCAGUCCUUAGCAAAACUUCUGGGUCAAAUUGGCAACAUCGUGAUCGGAGAUGAGGUGGGCAGAAGCAUUUUCGUAGCCACGGAAUCUGCGCACAGUGCAGAGCAAUUGCUCUCUGAAGGCAAAUUGAAGGAAGGAUUUGAUCAUUCUAGAGUGGCUUUCUUGGAAUCGGAAUCGGCCUUCACUGAUCCUUCUCUUCUAGCUCUGUUGUACUUCCCUGAUGACCAAAAGUACGCUGUUUAUAUUCCACUGUUCCUGCCAGUCAUGAUUCCAGUUUUGAUGUCGUUGAAGACAAUUAAGAAUUGGGUUUUGAAGAAGCUCUCCCAAGGAAAGCACAAGCGAGACUGAACUGCCUGCGGAACGAACUUUGUUUUUAAUGUAGGUCAUUGAUUGUUUUUUAAGUAAACUAUAAAUUAAGAAUACAAUUUCAAGUCUGUUGCA